ACUUACAGCAUGUUAUUGAUGGCCUCUGCGGCGGGUCGGUCAUUAGUACCUGACCCCCGGAGCCACAACCACUCGCCUUAUGGAAGAGGCCGUGAUGCUCACAGCGCUGUUCCUCGGAUGAUGGCAGAACUUGGUAUUGCAGCCCAGACUUGUUCACUUGAUUGGUGCUGUGACCGAUGAACGUGACGUCGCUGCCUCAUGCACACGACCGUGCAAAGCCGCCCUCGCAAUUUGCGGAACGGAAGGCCGUCAAUAUAUGCCUAUUCGUGUCUGCAAAGCGCGGACAAGAAUAGGACAGGUUAUAUAUUUUUUAGCAGGGCCGCGGAACGGAGCGACGGAUGCGGAUAGCACACGGGAGUGCUGUCCGCAUCUUUUGCAGCCGCAUUGAAGUGUAGUCUGCAGCAUAUCGCACCCAUGUGCACAGGUAAACUGCAGGUAUGAUUUUCUGUAUGUAUUUAUUAUUUUUCACGUUUCCACCUCCUGCCCUACUGGAAUGGCGGCUGUACAGGCAUGUCACUGGUGCAGGACUGGCCGGAGAUCGGGUGUCGGGGGUACAAGUCUGCUGGGAGGCUACUCCCAGGGAUCCUGCCCGUCCUCUCACAUGUGCAGCCCCCGGCCUGACCUCCCACCUCAGAGGCUGGAGCACUGCCAUUACACACAGUAGACGGGGCAGCCGCCUCCUCCCGGGAGGCCAUACACUGGAACACCUGGGAAGUGACGUCAUCAGCUGGCGACCUGAUCGAUGCGCGACUGUAUUAGCGCGUGGUGACGUCAUCACCGCGCGACCGUCAGAGACUGGACGCACACGUGAGCUGGAGUCUGGAUGCGGCAGAGAGGGGCAACACGAUGGGCACAGAUCAAAAGAAACUCACCGGGAAGAAAAGACCUCAGCAGGGCGAGAGGAGCCGGGCGUCAUCUUCUCAGGAGGGAGACCCACCAAAAAGACAGAAGACAGAGGCCAAGAAAGGUCCACAUGACAGCCCGCUCCCCCGGCUAGACCCCAAAUCUGUGGGGUAUUUCCGACGAGUAGGAGAAACGCUACAACAGGAUUUUGAAACUGAAGACGACCGGGCUCUGUUUGUCCGGAACGUCUUUAAUGAGGUGAAGGGGAACGAGCUGGCUCUGGCCACAGACAUGUCUGGCAGCAUUGUCCUGCAGAAGCUGCUGUCGGUGGCAGCCUCCUCCCAGCUGUGCCAAGUCCUGGAAGUUCUCAGUAAGAGCUGGCAGCUCGUAUGUUGGCAUCGCAGCGGAGCUCACGUGAUUCAGACCGCUCUCCUCCAGUAUGAGCGGCUUCAGAGUCAGAACGCUACGGAGGAGGAGGAGGAGGACGAUGGUGAUCCUUGCAGCAGCCUAGAGGAUCUGAUCCUGAGUCUCUGUCUGGAAGUGAAGGACAAUUUCCUGCCCUACAACCAGGAUACACAUGGAAGCUUCAUUGUGCGGACUCUGCUCCAAGUGCUGAGUGGGACCAUCCUCAACCAGGAGACCUCCAAGAAAGGAGGUCAGGGGUCCGCAGUAAUGUCUGAGUUUGAGGUUCCACCCAGUUUCUUGCAGCAGUUACAGGAGAUAAGCUCAUUAUUCAGGGGUCCCAUCGGAGUCUUUGCCACCCAUAAAUUGGCCAGCCUUGGGAUGCAGACCGCUUUAAAGGUCCUACAUAGGAAAUCGCCGUCCACAUGCACUGCACUCUGCGAUGAUGUCAUCAGCUUCUUGUCCUCCAGGAAUGUCUCAGGAGAUGGCAGUGCCCUCUUGGUUUUUCUGAAGGAUGAGACCAGCAGCCGCCUAUUGGAAAAAAUUAUUGAGGUUUCCGAGAAGAAACAACUGCGCCGCCUCUUUAAUGCCCACUUCCAAGGCCAGCUUCAAGCGCUGUCAGCACAUCCCAUCGCCAACUAUGCGGUGCAGAGACUUAUUCGUGCCAUCCAGACCAAGAAGCUGUUCUCAAGGUUGUUUGAGGAGCUGUCACCAGCAAUGGAAGAUGUUUUAGCCAAAGGACACAUGGGGAUCAUCACAACCAUGGUAGAAACCUGCAAGAGGCUGGAGAGUCACCAGAAGGAGUUUGUCACCCAUCUCAUGGAGGCCUUCCACUGCGCUUCCCCAGCCUCCCGCCGUGUGACUUGUGUGCCGCUUCUCCUGACUCUACUGACUUAUGAGACCUACUACAAGAUUGAGGAAGAGGAAGAACCUUCUGAACAUAAAGAUAAUCCAGACAUAAAGCUGCAGUCUAUUAACUAUCAUGGUUCUAUAUUACUGCAACACCUCCUCCAUUUUGAAGAUCCCACCAUAGUUCUGCACAGCUUGGCCGGUAUGACAGAGGCAGACCUCCACACUGUAGCUUGUAGCCAGGCCGGGAGCCACAUAUUUGACGCUCUGCUCAGCAGCACCACCAUCACAGAGAAACAGAGGAAAAAAGUUCUUCGGAAACUAAGGGGUCACUGCAUGGAGCUUGCGUGUAACAAGUAUGGAAGCCGAGUUUUGGACCGUGUAUGGAAUGCAUCCUCUAUGGGAGUGAAAGAGGAGAUUGCUCAGAAGCUAGUUGAAAGACUCCGGGAGCUGCAGAAUGACCCUAUUGGACACCACAUCGUCCGUAACUUUGCCCUAACUCACUUUGUGAAGCGUCGGAAAGACUGGCAGGAGCACCAGCAGGCCGAGAACAAGAAGCGCAAGAUGUUUGCUGACAUCCUAGAAGACUAAGGAGAAACUUGGCAAUUGAUUGUUGUAUCUUGUGUGCGGCACUUGCCUUGAGGAACUGAAGACUGCUAGGGCAAUAUCUGUGUUGGCAUGAGGCCACUGUUUGUAUCCGACUGUGAGGUUAGAGGACAAUUGUACUGGUCCCCAGUCGUCAUUGUCUGUAUAGAGGAGCCUUUCCCCAUAAGAAUUAUAUAGAAGGUUCAGUCAUUGUAUUAAUAUUGAUAAUUUUAUAUCUUGACAACUUGCUCAUUUUUUGUCACUUUUACACGACCUUCCAGAAGAACAAGGUCCCUUGUUGUACAAUACAAAUGUCAAAAUCG